AUGAUUUCCUUUUUCAAAGCCGCUGUUUCCGGAUUCACUGGCAUCUGUGCUCAUAAAAAUGGUCUAUUACAGAGUCAUCUCAAGGUAUUAAGUGCUGGAUUAAAGACAUAUGAGAUCCCCCCAGACUUCAGCGAGGCAUUUUUACCAGAGAAACCCAAACUCAAGUUUUUGAAUAAGAUCCCCAACUUUAAAAAAGCAAAGAAGGAAAUGAAAAAACUGCGCGAUAUUCAAGGCCCAGCCAAAGCGGCAAAUACAUUUACCUCAGGACGAUAUGCGAUUGUAGCUUUGGGUGGAGGCUACCUUCACUGGGGUCACAUGGAGAUGAUGCGUCUGACCAUCAAUCGGAAAAUGGAUCCUAAAGUUAUGUUUGCCCGGUGGCGAAUCAAUGCGCCUUAUAAACCUGUCACACGCAAAGGCCUUGGACAGCGUAUGGGAGGAGGCAAAGGAGCCAUCGACCACUAUGUUACACCUGUUAAAUACGGCCGUUUAAUUGUAGAAGUUGGUGGGAAAAUAGAGCUAGGGGAAGUGGAACAUGUACUAAUAGAGGUUGCAAAGAAACUCCCGUUCCCUGCCAAGGUGGUGAGCAGAGAGAGUCUUGAAGCCAUACAUAAAGCGCAAGCUGAGAGGGAGCACAACAAUCAGAAUCCCUGGACUUUUAAGGAAAUUGCACAGGGCAACAUGAUGGGUCUAAGGAAAGUGCUGAGUCCUUUUGACCUGCGCAACGAUGGGCGGUUUACAGGGAAAUUUCACCUUAAAGGCAGAGUCUGA